AUGGCGAUGGUGCAAAUCGUUACAGACGUGGUUCUGCUUACGGUGCCGAUGCCGAUUCAUUCCACCCUGAGCUAUAAAGCAGAUAGUAGCUCUCUGUUGGGAGCUAGAGGGGUGAGUCCAAAAAGAUCGCGCCGCGCGAACAACGGCGGUUCGGCCAAACGGAGUCUUUAUGAAGGAAUCGGGCAGAACCAUGUCAUGGAACUUGUUCCAUCAUGCAUAGGUCGUCGAAAAAGGUCGAAGUUUAGGCGCAUAUUUGGGCGGGAUCACUAUGGUAGAGACGAUCACGCAGCGAUCAACCUGCUUUAA